GAACAUGCUGCUACUCCGCAUUUGUUUUCACGCCACCGAAUCUCAGGUGAAAAUUAACGAUCACACCAAAUCAUGAUUCCCAUAAUACCCUCCUUGAUUUCCUUAAUGACAGAAAUAUGCCCCUAAACCAAACACGGCAUCUUCUAGUUGUAUCCAUGGCUGAACCAGUAAAACAAUAACAUCACCAUCAUCAUCAUCAUCUUCUUCUUCUUCAAGUUCAGGGCUAACUGCGUCUUUUCCAUCCACAGUUUCAGUGGAUCUGCAAUUGUAAAAAAAACCCAACACUACCCAAUCGAGUUGCACAGACAACUACCACAGAUAAGCCUCUAGAACAAGAAGAAUUACUGGAGAUAUGGUGUGAUGGAUAUCUCCUGAAUGUACAGACAGGGUCAAAGAUCUGUAUUCGAGGUAGCGAUUAAGCACAGAUGAAAGGAGGAAAUAGUUAUAGCUUUAGAGGGAAGCAUGUUUCCCUAGCUCUUGUUGCGAUUGUUCUUUUUUCUGCCUUAAUGUGGACAUGGGAGAGAAAUCCAAUAGCCACAACUUUAAGAUCAGCUCAAGAAUGGUACUACUUACCUUCAGAAUUUCCUGUGGAAGCCCCAAUUGAAUCAGUGGGAAAUCCAUCACUGGAAAAGGGUGCGACAAAAUCCAUAGCCCCCAUCACAGAAAAUAGAACAAAACUUCAACUUGACACUGAGGGUGUGGCAGCUGUCAAUUCUAUACCUGCAAAAUCUCCAGAAACUAGAUACAAUCAACAUGUCACGUCUUCCAGAAGUAAAGAAUUUCCUGUGGAAGCCCCAACUGAAUCAGUGGGAACUACAUCACUGGAAAAGGGUGUGACAAAAUCCAUAGCCCCCAUCACAGAAAAUGGAACAAAACUUCAACUUGAUACUGAGGGUGUAGCAGCUGUCAAUUCUAUACCUGCAGAAUCUCCAAAAACUAAAUACAAUCAAAUUGUCGCAUCUUCCAGAAGUAAAGUAUGUAAUUAUGCAAAGGGUAAGUGGGUUGCAGACAGCAGGAGACCCCUGUAUUCUGGGUUCGGCUGUAAGCAGUGGUUGUCCUCCAUGUGGUCAUGUAGAAUGACACAACGACCAGUUUUCUCAUUUGAGGGAUAUCGCUGGCAGCCAGAAAAUUGUGAAAUGCAAGAUUUUGACCGGACUGCAUUCCUGAGAAAGAUGCAGGACAAAACAAUUGCAUUCAUUGGGGAUUCAUUGGGCCGGCAACAAUUUCAAUCUUUGAUGUGUAUGGCCACUGGUGGAGAAGAGAGCCCAGAGGUUCAAAACGUGGGAUGGGAAUACGGCCUUGUAAAGCCACGUGGAGCUAUUCGACCUGAUGGCUGGGCUUACAGAUUUCCCGAGACUAAUACCACCAUUUUAUAUUAUUGGUCAGCUAGCUUAAGUGAUCUGGUGCCCCUUAACAUCUCAGACAAACAGAGCGAUGUUGCCAUGCAUUUAGAUCGCCCCCCAGCUUUCAUGAGACGGUUCCUUCAUCGCUUUGAUGUUUUGGUUCUUAAUACAGGACACCAUUGGAACCGGGGGAAGCUUACGGCAAACAGGUGGGUCAUGCAUGUUAAUGGAAAGCCAAAUGAAGACAAAAAGAUUGCAGAAAUUGCAAAUGCCAAAAACUUCACAAUACACAGUAUAGUCAGAUGGCUGGAUAUGCAACUUGUCUCACAUCCUCGGCUCAAAGCUUUCUUCAGGACUAUAUCACCUAGGCAUUUCUUCAAUGGGGAUUGGAACACUGGUGGAAGCUGUGAUAACACUAUCCCAUUAAGUAAUGGGAGUGAGAUAAUGCAGGAAGGGUCUAUUGAUUCAACUAUUGAAGGUGCACUAAAGGGUACAAAGAUUAAGAUACUGGAUAUAACUGCUCUUUCACAAUUGAGGGAUGAGGCUCACAUGUCACGCUACACUGUUAGAGGAACACUUAAUUCGAGUGACUGUUUGCAUUGGUGCCUACCUGGAAUUCCAGAUACGUGGAAUGAACUCCUUGUUGCUCAAAUAUAGGCUCUGUCACAGUUUAGUACAUGUUUGGUAGCACACCAAUUACAUUCGGACAUGAACAAGAAGAAGUAACUCAAGCUUGUUUCUUUGUCAAUUUCCUCUUAUUGACGUGGUUUUAAGGGGUAACGUGCAUCUCCAACAGAAAAUCAAACAUGCACUGAGUCACCUCUCCUUGCUUACAAAUGCAUUGCGGAAUGCAUUAGUAAGAUAUUUAGUAUAUCAGAUUGUUUCUAUUUUUUACGGUCUAGGAAGACCAAUUAUUAUUUUAUGUUCCAUGUAUUUUUUUAUUUAUUGCUUUGUUGUUAAAUAGGAGGUAGGGAGAUUGUAGAGUUCCAUUCCACGCUUUCAUUUUCAAUGAAAGAACAAUUAGGUAAAACUUAUGCAUGUUUUGAACAAAGUCGAGGAUGAACAUAACCACACAAGGCAUGAGCUAAAUACCAAAUACCAUAGGCAUGGCCAGAGUACAUGGCCUUUAUUGAACAAUUUGAAAUGAUUUUGUAAUUUGUAUCGAUGUAUUUGUAUUAUAGCAAUUGGUUCCCAUAAGAACAGAAUGAAAAAAUAAUUGUUGAGACGU